AUGGACGCGUCGGAGUUGUUCUCCAUUUCCUCGAGGCAGCCUGCCCGAAUGCCUCCAGAUAUCAAGGAACUACCCCCCAUUACUCGGGGCCGGAGCAGCAACUAUCCAGACCGAGUUGGUAGUCCAUCAGUCAGCCCACAUCAAUCUCGCCGCAAAUCAGCUGGUUGUUCCAUGAGAACAGUGAAGGAGGAACGACAACAAGCCGAUGCAGGGCUCAGAGAGGAAGGAAUUGCAUGCCGCAUUAACCUGGAUUCAGAGAGGGAUGCAGCCGACGGCCAUAGGGAAAAUUCGCGGCAGCCUCGUCCAGCUUCAUCUGCACGACACCGCACUGGUCGAAACCAAGAUCUCCAGGCGCCACACAGUGGCAGCAGUAGCAGGCGCUCAAGCUGCAAUGCGUCGUGCGGACCAUUGCCCACAUGGGAUGAAUUCUUCGAGAAAUGCGAGGAUGUUAGACCUUCAGAUAGCAGUGACGUAAGCCUUCCCCUUAACAUUUCGUGUGUAUUCGAGUGGAUCCUCUGGGCCGCUUCUUUUCCUACUUCACGGAGCCGGCCAUACGUCGUUGAGCUGGGCAUGCUUCACGGUGAGCAGAUAAAUGCCUGGGAGCUGUUUCUCAUUUAUGUAAACCUCUCUCGCCUCUUGCUGGAUGGGGACUACGCCAUUGAUCUUGUGGCUACUGUCGUUCAGCGUCUAUUACGGGAGGGCUCAUUGCCACUGCGCGUAUUUGCUUAUGAUGCAAGAGGCCACGGUGCGACCACGUGCGCCGACAGUAAGACUUUGUCAGCAGAAGUCUUAACGGAAGACGGUAUUGCAAUCGUGCAGUACAUUUUCAACCGUGUGGUGGAAGAAGAACUGCCGUCAGGCGGUACCCGACAGGGCGAACCAGCUAAGGAAAGCGUCGGGACGGAUGGAGCAGCGGAUGCAGACUCCAGAUCACAGCGAGACCCAGAUUCACUCCCAUCUGUAAUUCUAGUGGGCCACAGCAUGGGUGGAGCAAUUGCCACGAGGAUGGCGGCAUCAGGGCGUGUUCCGCAGCUUCAUGGUUUAAUGGUGUUGGAUGUGGUUGAAGCCUUGCCACAGAUGGCCGCUUUCGUCAGUCGAUUCCCCAGCCUAUUCACGAGCUGUAAAGAGGCCGUGAAUUGGAGCAUUUUUGCUGGGCUGCUGUGCAACAAGAGCAGCGCUGCAAUCUCGAUUCCUUCCCAGCUGGUGAAGACCACCCGGGGGGCACUUCCCGCAAGCCAUAAGGGCGCCGAGAAAGGACCACCUGACGAAGAAGUGUGGACAUGGCGCGUUGACGUGAUGGCCACUGAGCCAUAUUGGGAAGGAUGGUUUAGGGGGAUGUCGCAGGCGUUUCUGUCGAGCCGCUGUGUCAAAAUUUUGAUAUGCUCUAGCAGCGACCGCUUGGACAAAGAGUUGAUGAUAGCCCAUAUGCAGGGGAAGUUUCAGGUGCAGAUUGUCAGCGGCUCAGGCCAUGUUAUUGAGGAGGACCAGCCUGCCGAGCUCUGCCGGGUUGUCCAGACGUUCAUCACCCGUUAUCGUCUCCACCUACCUCCGAGCCAGCGCGCGGGACUGGUGCGGGGUUGA